AUGAAAACGAACGGAGAGGGGAAACUGCAGCUGAUUUGCUGAUGUCAGGCAGCCAGUGCAGCAUUUCAUGGUGCAGGGUGGAAACGCGCGGUGCCAUCUGCCACGAUCUCGAGCUCUCCUACAACUAUCCACCUCAUCCACCCACCAGGGAAAAAAAAAAAGAAGUUUAUUUUUCUUAAUAAAAAUAAUAAGACAAACAAACAAACAAAAAACUUUACACAUGCGAGCCCGACAGGAAAGAUGCCGCCAGCUCUCAGGAUUUGGGCUCUGCUGUGUGUGUCGCUGUGCAGCCUGUGUCAGCCGGCUCUUCUGAAAAAGGCUUUCCGAUGCCCUUCAACAUGCAGUUGCUCCAAGGAGUCCAUCAUAUGCGUCGGGUCCUCCAACAUCCCGCGGAUUGCCCCCAACGAGAUCACUUCAUUGAGUAUCGUCAAUGGGACUUUCUCUGAGGUCAGAGAGGCAAUGUUUGCCCACAUGCCCACCCUCCAGCUACUACUUUUAAAUUCAAACUCCCUAACGACUGUAAGAGAUGAUACCUUCUCAGGCCUUCCACACUUGGAGUACCUGUUCAUUGAGAGCAACAAGCUGGAGACUACAUCUAAAUUUGCCUUCAGAGGACUCAGGGACUUGACUCACUUGUAUAUCCCACAGUUGAUUAAAAACCUUUUGUGUUUUUGCAUUUUCUUCUUGAAUAUGCUUCAUGUUCACUCACUGGCGAUGUUUUUCAGGUCUCUGGCAAACAACAACAUUAAAUUCUUACCCAGGGACGUUUUCAUUGACCUGGACUCACUGAUAGAGCUGGACUUGCGAGGCAACGCCUUUGAGUGCGACUGCAGAGCCAAAUGGCUCAUGAUGUGGCUGAAGAGCACCAACGCCACGGUGUCGGAUGUCAUGUGUGCCGGACCAGACGACAUGAAGGGCAAGCGCCUCAAUGACAUGAACAGCCUGCACAAUGAGUGCAUAUCAACGGAUUUUGUCCUUCAUCAGUCCGUGGCCUCUGAGUCUCUGUCAGUGGAUACGUUCAGCUUCAAGAAUGAUGUGUAUGUGACUAUUGCUGCUCCCAGCUCAGACACCUGUAUGGUUUUACAGUGGGACCACAUUGAGAUGAACUUCAGGACGUAUGAUAACAUCACCGGUCAAUCCAUUGUUGGUUGCAAGUCAGUAAUCAUCCAGGAAGAGGUUUAUGUCAUUGUGGCUCAGCUAUUUGGUGGUUCCCACAUUUACAAGUUUGAUGAUGACCAAAGCAGAUUCAACAAGUUCCAGGACAUCGAAGUGUCCAAGAUCUCCAAACCCAAUGACAUCGAGGCUUUUCAGAUCGGAACAGACUGGUUCUUUGUCAUCGCAGACAGCUCCAAAGCAGGCUUGUCAACCCUCUACAAGUGGAACGAUAACGGAUUUUAUUCAUACCAGUCCCUGCACGAGUGGUUCCGCGACACAGACGCAGAGUUCUUAAACCUAGAUGGGAAGGCUCACCUAAUCUUGGCAAGUCGCUCACAGGUUCCAGUGAUCUACCAGUGGAGCCGUAGCAACCAGAAGUUCAUCCUGCAGGGUGAUAUCCCCAACAUGGAGGACGUGGUAGCUGUGACACACUUCCGGAUCAAAGAGGAGCUCUAUCUCUCCAUGACCCGCUACAUUGGUGACUCUAAGGUCCUAAAAUGGGGACCCAAACAGUUUUCAGAGAUCCAGGCUGUACCAUCCCGAGGUUCCAUGAUCCUGCAACCAUUUACAUUCAAAGACCGCCACUACCUGGCUCUGGGAAGUGACUAUACGUUCUCGCAAAUCUACCUGUGGGAUGAUGAGAAGAAAAUCUUCGACCGCUUCAAGGAAGUGUACAUCCAGGCACCGCGCUCAUUCACCGUGGUCUCCACUGACCGCAGGGACUUUAUAUUUUCAUCAAGCUUCAAGGGAAACACACAGAUCUUUGAACACAUCAUUAUUGACCUGACCUUGUGAGGGGCCGUGCCUUAUUGUCUCUCCUAUAAUCAAAUGUCUUCCAUUUAAAAGAUAUAUGAAUAAAACAAAGAAAAAAGACUUGAAGGAAAAAGACUCCAAAAAAUAUAUCGUCAUUGGUGAGGUAUUGACUUGUUCUUAAGAUGCCCUUCUGGAUUCACCCAGAGCUAAAAUGACUCUAAAAACCUUUUCUUUCGCUCUUAUUUUUGCCAACUGAGGACACAGUGGACAUGUUUGCCUCUUUCUUCAGGCCUUCAUAGCCUGUGAUGUGCAUUUUGCUGUCCUUUCAGAGAAGACCUGCAGCGCUCUGAUGGGCUAACAGUGCCUCCUCGUGGCCGUGAUGAAGUAUCACACCUUUUUUUUCUUACAGGGAAUGUCUCAAAAGCACAAACCUUUAACUAUCAUAGCUGAAAUCUUAGAAUGUAGCUGUAUAGUAGAGAUGUUACUGUAGGUGCUAUUGAUUGUACUCAGCAAUUUACUACUAAUAAAGAGUUAGUAAAUUGUUGUUUAGAGAGCUAAUGUUCAGUGUAGGAUCUAUUUGAUUCUACUUCAGAUUAAUUUACUUGGAAAGAGUUGUCCAGGGUUUGUGUGCUGAUCAGGUAAAUUAAGCAUAUUUUCAAUUC